CGCAAAACUGUUAAGUUUUUCAGAACAACUGCAGUAAUGCCGCGAGCUCGAGACCCUUUCCCUUUUCCCAAAAACGAAAAUGACCACACUUUUACCAGACGUAAACCAUGCCAGAAACAGGCCUUUACAAAGCCCACACAUAUCGCUCAGAAUGAGGAGCCUUGGAGCCGCUUAAACGACAACCCCACUGUAUCCAGCAUGAGGAGAAGUGCUCUGUAUCAUAAAGAGGCCCCAAAAGACAGCCUGGACUUCCAUCUCAGUGCUGCCUAUGAUAACCACCUGGAUUUCCUCCUGAAUAAGAAUGAAACCGUGUUACAGAGAGAGACUCUGAUGAAAGACUGGGGGGGUACCAAUGAUGAUGCUCCAAAAUAUGAUGAUAACAAUAUGAACAUAAGAGUGUGGGUAAACCCCCAGAAAGCUUCCAUUUAUAACACUGAAGGAGCGAUCGUGUCUCACCAUGACGCUUCUACAAACCGAGGCUACUCCAGGAAGCAGGACGGCGGCUUUUAUUCAAUUUAACGCCCAAGCUACAUCAUUUCCAUUCGGACUCGUUUGCAGUAAACUAGCAACUUCUGGGAUAUAAAAUGAAGAAAUAAAUAAAUACAUAUACAUGCACACACUGCCGUAAUCCAAAGAAAUAAACGAAAAAUAAAAUU